AUGAGUCGCCAGAUUGUCGUUGCAUCAUGCUCGCUUGCUCAGUGGGCUCUAGAUUGGGAGGGAAAUUCUACCCGUAUCAAGCAGAGCAUCCGCGAAGCGAAAGCCAAGGGUGCUACAUUGCGCGCUGGACCAGAACUGGAACCCAUCAGUAGAGUUAUGGCAUACAACGGUAGAAUUGUCUCAAUACGUCCGAAAACCACUUUGAGGAUUGACGGCAACUAUAAUGAGUCAAGGUGGUUUACCGCUUGGGAUCCCACUAUUCCACCCGAAGCAUUUCCCUUACCAGACUUCAUUGCGGACAUGCAGGGCACCAGCAUGGUUCCUUUCGGCAGUGCUCUGCUCUCCACCUCAGGCGCGUGUGUUGGCGCCAUUACAUCCGACGAGUUGAUUGGGCUCGAAGAUUUGCUUCCGACAGCCUUGAGCUCGACAAGCGCUGAUAUCCUGACGGUCUCUGCAGCCAAUCACUUCAGUGUCGGGAACUUCGACUCCUUGGUAUCUUCACUGCAGAAUGUCAGCAAAGACAUUGGUGGAGUCAUCCUCUACUCGAAUCAGCAUGGCUGCGAUGGCGAUUAA